CAGCUAGCGCCCGGCAAGCAAACGUCAGUUCAGCUCCAGCCGCUGUCGAGUGCGCACGUGUCUCUGAGCCGCGAUCGCGCCAAACUUUCUUACGUCAAAUGGAUAUAACCUAACACAGGAGUUUACCAACUAAAAAUGUGAUUACAGUGCACCUAUACGAAUAAUAUGGGCCACUAAAACGUGUACAGUGCUAUGUUAUCCGUUGUUAUAGAGAAAGUGUUUAGUGCAAUACCAAUGAUGUGAAUUUGUUAGUGUUUAAUAAAAAAAGAGAAUUAUGAGUAUCCAAAAGUGUCUUCUGGAUAACUCCAGCAGGAUGAUCAAGGCUAUGUCCACGGCGAAAUCGUCCAACAGUGAAGUUAAAACGAAAACAACCCGCAGUUGGAUCGAGAGCACAUUCCAGAAGCGAGAGUGCAAGUGCUUCGUGCCCAGUGCCAAGGACGAGCAUGUAUGCUGGUGCGGUCUCAGCCGGACGGCUCAUGGCAGCAGUAUCCCGACAGCGCCGCCGGGUGAGGCGUGGCUGCCCACCCGUCACACCCAGUCCGCUCCCACCGACGCCUACGGCACCGUCGAGUUCCAGGGUGGACCGCAUCCGACCAAAGCACAGCCAAAGCUGAAGAAAGUGCUGCGGAAGGGACUGCUGAAGGCGGCGAAGACCACUGGAGCAUGGAUAUUCACGGGCGGAACAAACACUGGUGUAACGCGACAAGUGGGUGAUGCACUACAACUGGAGCGGUCGCAACGCGCCGGUCGCGUCGUGAGCAUCGGUAUCGCGCCGUGGGGCAUUGUGGAAGGUGCCAACGAGCUCAUCGGCAGAGGGCGCGACGUGCCUUACCACGCAAUUGCGUCACCGAGAUCGAAGUUAGCGGUGCUGAACAACAGGCAUGCAUACUUCCUGCUGGUGGACAACGGGUCCGUGGGACGCUACGGCGCCGAGAUCGUGCUGAGGAGGAAGCUGGAGAAGUACAUAGCAGCACAGAAGCUACACCCAUACACACACUCGUCGACGCCGGUGGUAUGUCUCGUGAUAGAGGGCGGCACCAACACGGUGCGUGCUGUGCUGGAGUACGUGACCGACAACCCGCCGGUGCCCGUCGUGGUGUGCGACGGCAGCGGACGCGCCGCCGACCUCAUCGCGUUUGUGCACAAAUAUGCGUCGGAGAGCGGGGAGCAGACAGUGCUGGAGUCCAUGCGCGACUACCUCAUCGGCACCAUACAGAAGACCUUCGAGGUGGGACUGCAGCAGGCAGAGUGUUUGUACGGAGAGCUUUUACAGUGCACGAGGAAGAAGAACCUGAUCACAGUGUUCAGGAUACAAGAGCGCGCAGAGGGCGGCGAGGUGCAGGAGCUGGACCAGGUGAUCCUGACCGCUCUGUUCCGCGCCCAACACCUGACCGCCAGCGAGCAGCUGUCCCUGGCGCUCACGUGGAACAGGGUGGACAUCGCCCGCUCAGAGAUCUUCGUGUACGGACAGGAGUGGCCUCCAGGUGCCCUUGACGAGGCGAUGAUGCAGGCCCUAGAGCACGACCGCAUAGACUUCGUGAAGCUCCUCCUAGAGAACGGUGUUUCCAUGAGGAAGUUCCUCACAAUACCUCGGCUGGAGGAACUCUACAACACGAAGAGCGGGCCAAGCAACACGCUGCGGUAUAUCCUGAGGGAUGUGAGGCCUCAUCUGCCUCGCGGAUAUAUAUACACGCUCCACGACAUCGGCCUCGUCAUCAAUAAGCUCAUGGGAGGUGCUUACAGGUGCUAUUACACCCGACGCAAGUUCCGUCCAAUCUACGCCAAGGUGAUGAACAAGAGCGUGAACGUGCACCGCAACAGCGCCUCGUUCACGCGACACAACGCCGGCGGCCUGUCGCUCAUCACCGGCUUCAUGCCCGUCACCACCGAGAUGGCGCUCUUCGACUACCCUUUCAAUGAACUGCUGAUGUGGGCAGUGCUAACCAAGAGGCAUCAAAUGGCGCUGCUCAUGUGGACUCAUGGGGAAGAGGCUCUGGCGAAGUCUUUGGUGGCGUGCAAGCUGUACAAAGCAAUGGCGCACGAGGCAGCCGAGGAUGAUAUGGAGACGGAGGUGUAUGAGGAGCUCAGGCACUAUGGGAAAGAGUUUGAGACUAAAGCGCUUGAACUUUUAGACUAUUGCUACCGCCAGGAUGACGAUCAAGCGCAACAGCUGCUGACUUGCGAACUCCAAAACUGGUCCGGACAAACUUGCCUCAGUCUAGCGGUGGCUGCCAACCAUAGAGCAUUACUCGCACACCCUUGCUCACAAAUCAUCCUCGCUGAUCUAUGGAUGGGUGGACUCAGAACGCGGAAGAACACCAACUUGAAGGUAAUUCUGAGCCUGCUGUUCCCGCUGUACAUUCUGCAACUCGAGUUCAAGUCCAAAGAGGAGCUGCAACUCAUGCCGCAGACGGAGGAGGAACACCUGGAGAACGAGUCCAUGGAGGACGAUAGGAGUACCAAGGACCCGAACGAUGCUGAGGCGUUGAUUGGCUCAGGGGCCGAAUGCGAAACCAGGGUCGAUCAGAACGGGAAAGUUGGUAAAAUUGGGUGGGAACCGACGUACAGGGACCUCCCAGAGUACCACGCGCCGGAGGACAAGAGAAUGCGACCUCUGAGGCUGAGAAAGAAGAUAUAUGAGUUCUUCACUGCACCUAUCACUAAGUUUUGGGCUGAUUCGAUCGCCUACAUAUUGUUCCUACUGAUGUUUACUUAUACAGUAUUAGUCAAGAUGGACCUGACGCCAUCUUGGCCGGAGAUUUACUCCAUAUGUUAUAUACUCACGUUUUUGUGUGAGAAAAUUAGGGAAAUUAUUACGUCCGAACCUGUUGCUAUUAGACAUAAGUUCAGUGUGUGGGCAUGGAAUAUGUGGAACACGUAUGACGCGGGCUUCAUCAUCUUCUUCCUCGUGGGGCUCACGCUACGCCUGCGCGCCGCGUCCAUGGACGUCGGCCGGGUCAUCUACUGCGUCGAUAUCAUCUAUUGGUAUUUAAGGAUACUCAACAUUUUGGGAGUUAAUAAGUACUUAGGUCCUCUAGUCACAAUGAUGGGUAAAAUGGUUAAGAAUAUGAUAUACUUCGUGGUGCUCUUACUGGUUGUGCUCAUGUCGUUUGGAGUGGCGAGACAGGCCAUCCUGUACCCCGACAGAGACGCUAGCUGGUACUUGAUCAGAGAGGUGUUCUUCCAACCGUACUUCAUGCUGUACGGAGAAGUGUUUGCGGAGCAGAUGGCCCCUCCUUGCGGGCUGCCGGGCCUCGAGGAGUGUCGGGUCGGCCACUGGGUGCCCCCCGUGGUCAUGAGCAUAUACCUGCUCAUAGCUAACAUAUUGCUAGUCAACCUUCUCAUAGCUGUCUUUAAUAACAUCUUCAUAGAAGUCAACGGAGUGUCGCAUCAGGUAUUCUACCAGCCGUACUUCAUGUUGUACGGCGAGGUGUUCGCGCCGGACAUCGACCCCCCGUGCGGCAUGGACGUUGGCAACCAGAAGUGCGUGACUGGACGCUGGAUCACCCCCAUAGCGAUGACCGUCUACCUCCUCGUCGCCAACAUCCUCCUUAUAAACCUCCUUAUUGCCGUCUUUAACAAUAUCUUUAACGAAGUCAAUGAAGUCUCGCAUCAGGUAUGGAUGUUCCAAAGGUUCACAGUGGUAAUGGAGUACGAACAGAAGCCAGUGUUACCACCACCUAUAAUUAUAUUUUGCCACAUUUACGCUACCUGCAAAUGGGUGACCAGAAACGUGUCGCACCAAAGGUUUCAAUAUGACAAUGGACUGAAGCUGUUCUUGGAGAAAGAGGACAUGGAGAGGUUGUAUGACUUCGAGGAGGAGUGCGUGGAAGGAUAUUUUAGGGAACAAGAAGUUAAAUUAUCAAAUUCUAUAGAAGAAAGAGUGAGAAACACAACAGAUAGGGUAGAACAUAUCACGACCAAAAUGGAAGACUUGAAUCAAAAAGCUAAUUGCCAAAUACAAUCUGUACAGAGUGUAGAAUUUAGGUUACGAAAAUUAGAAGAUGUCGCUGAGCAGACAAUGAAUCACUUAGCUGUGAUACAUCGGUUCAUGGCAACGCAUCCGUCGCUAGUGAACCGAGGGUCGACUGACACGUUGGGACCACCUCCGCCCAGCUUCGCUGCCGCGGGACCUAGACUUAGGACGGCCAGUGAUAGGUCCGAGGUGCUGUCGGACAGUGAGACUGGGGUGACGCGGUUCGCGGUGCGGCCCGUGCAGGAGGAGGACGAGCACGCCUCGCAGGCCUCCGAAGACGAGUUGCCACAGUCUGGGCCUGACGCCGGGCCUGAGAAGGAGCCCGACGCGGACUCCAUAUCAACGUCGUCAGGCGGCAGUGUCGCCGGGCCUGACGUCACGGUCAUCAGGCCCACCGCGCCCGUCACACCGGCCCGGCAGAGGUCUUCUGACAGCAACAGGACUGAGCCUAGCGAUGAAAAGAAAGUACCAUCAGCGACGGACGACGCAUUCCUACCGGAAGUACGGGAGGCUCCGUCGGACACGCACAGCCUUCGUCCGCGCACCACUUCCGCCGGCACCCGCCGCACAGCCAACACUAGACGGCGAUCCGAAGGCGGCAACGACUGCGGCAUGGGCGGGCACUACUCCGCGCACCACCUGGCGCCGCGCAGGCAGCACAGUCAGACGCACUCCGAGCCCGACAACUCCGCUGUGGACGCCUGCUCCCUGCAGAACUCAGUCACAGGCCACCCGUCCGGCUGGGAGGCGACGGGCGGCGCGGCGGGGGUACCGGCGGGCCGCACGCGGGUGGGGGGCGCCCCCCGCUCGCUGCUGCUGGCUAUGCACGAGUACACCAGCAUCACGGACGAGCUGGAGACGGUGUACGGUCUGUUCUCACCGCCGCACACGCCGAGGACGCCGAUAACGACCCGUCUGCUGUCGCCUAACCGCGCGUCCUCCCCCUCGACCCGCCGGCGGCACGCCAGCGAGAUGUCCAACCCGGAGUUCGCACUCUUUAUGGAGAAGGAACACCUGAGGGGCGCAGAGGAGGACGACUACAUCAUCAUGGAGAACCUCAUACAGCGUCGCCUAGAAAUGGAGUCUGUCCUGGCCAGAUACGAGGAGGAGGAGGCUGGGGAGGGAGAGGUCAGCGGCGUCAGCAUCAGCGUCUGCGUCAACACCAGCGCCGAGGAGCCCACGCCUCCCCAGACAACCACGCUGCUCACCGUCAGCGACAGGCGACUCCCGCACCAGAGGCACUCCCUCCGAAGAUCUUCAGCCAUCGACACUCGCGAGCUACCUUCACCCUUGCAACCGUUGCUCGGUGAUGAUGCUUGUGGGGAAGUACUGCUCCCUGUUCCGAGGCAACCGUCAGGUGACACGAACGCGUCGAGCGAGCUGUCCCUGUCGCAUAUGGUGAGCGAGAACCUGCCGCCGCGGCCGUCCAUCGUGCUGGACUCCUCGCAGCUGCCUCGCCAGCGCUCCGCGGAGGCGCCCCAGGCGACCACGCCGCAGCCCGCCCGCCCAGAGACCAUGUGCUAGAAGUACGUCCUGGAUACGUUAUGUAAUAUGAAGACAUCGUAGAAGCUAAUUUCCACUAUAUUGAUGACCAAAAAACUAAAAUAAUACUUUAGAAAAAUAAACUACAGCGUAAACGCCAAAAAUAUGUUGCAAUAAGUUAUAAUAUUUAUUGACUAAUUAAUCACUAUGACAUGUUAUAAACGACCGGUAAUAACUCACGUCUAGUAGAGCAUCUUUAAACUUAAACCACAUGUCCUCGUCUGCACAGUCUAGCCAUAUUGAUUCUCUUUCUACAAUCGCUAUCUCUUCGAAAACUAAAAAAUAUAAUGAGAAUGACAUACGACUAUGUCCGAUUGAUAAGUUGAUCACGAGACCGAAUCUAUAACGAAUGUCAGUCCCGAAAAUUUGUUAUAUUUUCGAUUUAUAACACGGCUAGAUUGGCAUGAGUGCGAGGCACGACAGAGGUUCUACAGAGGGAAGGAAGGGACGGCAGAGGGAGAGAGGAGCACCGGUAUUCGUAUUUUUCCCCACAUCCCUGUUCCAAGCAGGCGAGGACUCGAUUUAGAUAUGCGGUUUGCUUAUUGGGAACAUAGAAAACAAAAUGGCGGAAAACAAAAAUAACUUGGUAGUUGCCCGGAUAUAAAAUUUAGCUUUUAUUCGCAUUUUAAAAGAGACAAUUCUUACAUUAAUUAGUUGUUUUCUGAUUAUGUUGUCAAUUAAUUAAGUUUUACCUUCGUCAUUUUAUUUAAUUUCCUAAUGUCGUGGUGUAAUCACGCUUAAUUUGCUCUGGUUAGAAACAGCCAUAAACACAGUUUAGCAAUCAUGCCAGUCAGUUGCAUUGCAGAUGGAUUCAACAUUUCAAAACAUGCUCGUGCCCUCUGCACGUUUCAUUUCACAAACUAAGCUAAUUUGUCAGACUCGACUCGCGGAAGCGUUUUGUUGAAGCACGUUCGUUCGCUUUUGCGGUUUUCAAUUUGGAACAUUUCGCAACCAGGUAAGGUUCAAGUACCGAUUUAGUGAAUAGGCUCCAUUACUAUUUGUCAUGUGACAAAGUUUCUGACGUUUGCGAAACUAUUUUAAUUUCAAAAAUGUGGGCUUAGAUAAUACUAUUUAUUUUAGUUUAACAUAUUUGUAGGAGACUAUUUAUUAGAAACGUUUUCGACAUGAAUUAAAUAAAAAAAUACUUAAUUGUUUUCUACAUAAAUGUUAAAAUUUAAUAUAUUUAGAAUUCACCGUUUGGUUAUAUAUCGUUAUUGUAGUAAUGUGAGACGAAAUUUAAUUAUACAGACACUGGCAUUUACAUUAGCUCAUUUAUCAGACUAUUCUAAAUUACCGCUUCACUGAGUUAUAAAAAAUAUAUUUUGCAUAACUGGAUAAGAUUUAAAUGUUAAAGUAUUUCUAUAUAUUUUAAAAAAUAAACAUAGUGUACUCUUUUGACAUUUACAAUGUUGUCAGUCAAAGCUGAUCUGUAUGAUAGCUAAGCUGUGGCAUAUACCCAUAUUAUUAAUGUGAUUGUACAAAGUCGAAUAUUGUCUGUCAGAACUUCUCUUAUUACGAAGGCCAUUUUGAAACCCCUUUUCCCAAUUAUCUACCUGUUUAAUGAUGCGGUGUGAUAUCCCUUUUGUAAUUUCACAAAGACCUUUAUAGGAGAAUUGUAAAUUAACAAAUUAAUUGUAAAAGAUAAUUUGUAUCAUUAGGACGGAGAUCAACAAUAAAGAUAUUUUUGGACUUCGUACACAAAUAAUAAUUUUAUAUUACACAUAUACAGCACAUUGUGUAUCUACUUAUUACGUCCAAAAUUAUUUUCUACUUAAUCUUUGUGUACUUAAAUAGUAUAAUUUUCUGAAACAAUAUUCAAGGAUAAUUUAAUAUUUGGUAUUUUUCAAAUGUACAAAAAUAAAAAUACCCACCAACACUUGUCAAAGUGACAGCUUAAAUUUCGUUCACGACAAAAUCUUUUAAAAAUAAGAAACUAUUUGAAAAACAUUAGUCGACUUUUUGGAUGAUAGAUUGAAAACAUUUAUUUUAAUGUUCAUAUAAUUUUUAUCAUUAUUUCAUCUAUUUGUUGUUAGGAAGUAUGAUACAUUUUGUACCAGUAGGUAACACAAUAAAACAAAACCUAUUGAACUCAUCGCAUCGCAUCGCACUCGGUAGCUUCGUAUAAUUUCGUGUGGCACUUACCUAUUUUGAGUAGUACACAUCGUCAGAAUAAUUUUUUUAUUAAGUAAUAUACAAACCCCCGGCUAUAUGUGAUUGUAGUAUUUAAAGCUAUAUUUGGAUGAGCAAUUUUGUCAUAAGCCAUCAAUACUAAAAUUCAUUACAACAUAAAUCAAUGCAUUGUGAUACGAUUGCGAUGUUUUAAUACACAAAUCAGACUGAAUCACUUUAUGUCGAGCGUAAAUUGAAUUAUUGUCUUCGAUUAUAUCCAACAGGAUUUCAUCAGAGAGCCAAUUUCCCUCACCAUCAUAUUUCUGAAUUGGUAAUAAAUUACAGAUUUAGGCAUUUCACUAUCUUACUGCAUUAAAAAUCUUUGUAUGUAUAGCAUGAACUCUCGCUGACUAAAUAUUGAGUAGUAUCCCUAUUCACAAUUAUUAUUGUCAUUAAUUAAAAAAACUGUCACUUUUAAUUAAUGUUGAUUGUAAUUAAUGUAUUUUCCUAUAAUGUGGAAUUGACGUUGUACAUUCUGAAGCUACUGUUGACGCAGAUUCUUGUACAUAAUGAUAUAUAUUUUAGACAAUGACAAUACAAAAUGUAGUGCUCACAAUGUAAAUAAUAUCCAAUGUUAGCAUACGAAGCAAUCGGCGUAGAAAUAUCGUUAUAGGUGUUAAGAAAUCGCAUGUGACCAGGUAAAUGAGUGAAUUAAUUAAGGGAUUACUCGAGACUUUCCGUUAAUAUGCCUCGUAGAUUAGCUAUUUAUCAAAGAUGAGGAUAACCGCUGCCACAUGGGAAAUUUUUGGCAUGAUCAACUUUUUUCAAUACAGGUUGGCAAGUUUGUAUAUACUUACCUACAGAUAGUGGGUAAAAUAUUACUAUUUUACUUUUAACUUUGAAAUUAUUAAAUACUGUCUCCAUUUGAAUCUUAUUGUGAAUAUGUACAUACACAGUUUGAAUGAUCGAUCGAUGAAUGACUCAAUCAAUGUAAUUUUUAGCACAGUCUUGAUUUCCCUCGCUCAUCUUUGGUGGAUAGCCGACCUUACUAUCUGUAUAAAGUUACUUAGGCUGUUUAAGUAGAUAUUACGCGGAUAACUUUUCCAUUCUCUAACUUAAGAUUUUUUAAUCUAUAAAUAACGCUUUUUGAAACUUAGCUCUUUUUCUAAAGAAAACUUUACUCCAAUAUACUGUACUGUAUGUAGGCUUAUUUAAUAUGUCUUAAUAUUUUACAUAUCAGAUGCAACCAUUGUCUGGUGUUAGUGCAAUUCUUUCCAUACAUAAUCAUUAUGAAAAUACCUAAAAUGUAUUUUUAUCAUUUUUUUAACAUUUUAUCUACGAGUAUGUAUAUAACAAAAAAAUCCAAAUAUUCCACGUGGCAGUGACAUUAAAAUAUUUUUUUUUCAUAUUUUUUUUAUUUGACUUUCUUCUAACACUAUAAAGGACGCAAAGCUGCUUAAAUAGCGGUAAUUGAAUUUCGGAUAUUUCGCAGGAUUUUAAUUAUUUUCAAAAAUCAAAAAAAAAUUUUAAGAUACCAUUAAAUAAUAAAAUAUUUACCAAAGUAGCGCCCUUUUUAAAAAAUCUAUAAUCCCUAAAUAGGGAAAGACAAAACAAUUUAUUUUUUUCUCCCGUGACUUCAAACGAUUAAUAAUUAUUAAAAAAAAAUUAGCCUUUAAUGACUUUUAGUGUUAUCAAUAAAUACAAACAAAAACAUUAUUCCCAAAAUUGACUUCUGAAGUAAUUCUUUGUCAUCACGAUUUUUCACGUUUUACAGGUAUGUAAAAUCCUUGAUAGUCACAUCUUUAUUAUUUUUACCUAGCACUUUAACACAUACAUUACCUUAUUUGUAAUAUUAUGUUUUCAGUCUCCUCUAAAUGUGUGUGUUGAGGUGCCGGUUAAAAAAAAGUAUGUACUUACAUAAUAUACACUUUCAACAUGGCGGAUGUACUUAAAUGUACACAAAGUUUUAGUAUUUGACGAAUUUCGUACCACAAACAAACAUGAAAAAUAUUGAAAAAUAAACCUGAUAAUAUAAAAUUCAUUUUAUAAAUAAUUCAUCACAAUGUGUUCAAUUAUACCAAAUAUUCGUGCAAGUUAUUUACACGUGUAAAAAAAAACACUUAAUUUUCAUCAUCCGUUGUACAUAAAAUGAAUAAACAGUUAAAUGUACUUAGGAAUUAUGUAUAUUUGCUAAAAUGUUUUACAUUGUUGUUUAUGUAAUAAAAUGAAAUAAUGAAAUGAAAUAUAAAAAUAUUAAUUUUUACCUAUGGUUUUAGGUUUUACACCAAUCCAAUGUGAUUAAUAUAAUAAUUUAUAUCCUGUAAUCAGUUUUUUAUGGUUAUCAUUAUUUUUUAUUUAAUAAGUAUAUUUAAACCGGUGCUUUUAAUAGAUACAACUACUGAAAUAUAUAUUACAUAAAAGUUAUUUCGUAAAUUUUUCAUUACAAAUAAUUUAAUAAAUAAUGCAAUAACUAUGUUUUAAGUAUUAAAUGAAUAUAAUGAAUUCUAUAAAAACAAAAGAUGACGGAGUAUUUAUUCGAUACUAACCAGUAGUACGAGUAUUUUUUUUAUUAUAAAAAAUGAGGAUCCACAUUUGAUUAUUAAAUAUAAAUUAAGAAAAGAAAAAAAUGAUUUGUAAUGUAAAUAAUGUAUUUGUAAAUGUGUAUGUUUUAUACCUAAUGACUCAGUCGCGAGUGCCCAUGCUUUCGUCAUCUUACAAUCCAUUUUCACUAAAAACGAAAAAACGAAAAAAAAAACACGAUAGGUAGAUCGUUAUCUACCUUUUAUGCUUUUUUAUCUAAUUGAUUCUAAAUCGAAUUGGAGGUAAUAACCAGAAUUAGCAAAGGUGGAAAUACAGUGGACACAUCCUAAGUGUAUGCUAAUAAAUUAUCAACAAAAGUGUUGGACAACAACCCUAAUCUACAUGUUGUUAAAAUAUUAAACAACAAGCUGUCUAUUUUAUUUAAAUAGAAAAUAGUGUAUCUACUUGUUGACUAUACUAAAAUAAUAAUCAAUAAGUUGGUACACUACAUAGAUAUUAUUAAAUAAAAUGCCCUCGCCGCGCCAGGUUAGGUUUUAUUACUGUAUAAUUAAUUUAUCAACCAAAUCAAACCGUAAUAUCAAAAUUAUAAUGUUAUUGGUAGGUAACCAACCACCAACUUAAUCUAACCGAACCACAUAAAUUUAAAUGACGGUUCCUAAUUGGUGUUUAUAAAACACCAAUUACACACAUACAAUUGCAUUAUAAAUUAAGGGCUAAUGUAAACCGAUAAUUAUUAUGUUGACAACCAAAAACAACCUGUUAAUAUCUAAAUUAUUAUAUUAGGAUUUCUGUUAUAAGUAUGUUGUACCUACUUAUUAGUCGUAUCCACCCCUACUAUAUACUCGUAGGUCACUUUUAAUAUCUGACGUCACCCAGACGUGGGCUUUUUAACUCACGAUCUCGGGGGCGCCCGGACUGAUACACUCAGGCCAAAACACCCUUCCCGAACGGUACUCUAAGUCGAGGCCCGAGUCUCAGAGGAGACGCCCUUAGAGAGUCGUUCCGCCCACUACUUUCUUCUGCCUUCGGGCCCCAUCAGGCGAUGCUUCUGCGCUCGCCCAAACCCCCCGGUGACGCCGCUGAGGUCCCAUAAGGAGCCUACGGCACUUACACAAUCAGAAAAAAAAAAAAAAUCACUUUUAAAUAAUGAAAUCAUAGCGCGACUGUAAACCGGUGCAAUAAUAUGAUUAUAUUAUUUUUCUCGUUAUAAUUCAAAAUGUAUGAAAUAAUUUUAAAUAUUAUGCCAACAUAUCACUAAAAAUCGAUCGAUAUAAAAAAGUACUUAUUAUCUACGUUCUAUAUUUUAUCGUUUCGCCAUUGCUGGAAAGGUGACUUGAAAACUUUUAAUACAUAAAAUUUAGCACAACUUUAUAUCAUAAAUUGUAUUGAUUAUUUUGCUUUUAGUACAAUGUUUUAUAUUUUUAAGCCAUUUUAGUCUUGGAGCUAGUAGGGAUUUUGGGGUCGGUGCUUAAUUAAAGGCCUACGCGUUUUCGAAAUUGAAAGUUAUAGUCGCCUUUCUAAAUACGAAAAUGUCUUUUCGUACUUAGAAAUGCGACCUUUUUAUUGUUACGGUGUAAUUAUUUUUAUUUAUGUUUUAGUUUUGAUUAUUAUUCUGAAGUGAGAGUCAUUUUUUUGUAUACAGUGAAUUUUUUAUAACCUACAGAUUUUAUAAUAUUAACAGAUGUUUUGAAUAAUUUUAAAUACACGGAUACAAUACAUAUAUAUCAGGAUGUAAUUGUAACCCGGUUUGAUUGAAAAGUAUAUUAAAACUAUAAUAGAUAACGAUGAAACUCUAAAAUACAUACAUAUAACAAACUUCCACUUUUAUCAAGCACCUACUCAAAACGUCCCACUAGCUCUCUGACCAUAUGAAACAUAUUCUGUCCUUAUUGGGAUUUCUUAAUAAAAUAAAACUAUUUCUCAGAGUGAUAGUACCUUGUGUACAAAGACUUCUAGUUAUACUACCAGACUGUCUAACUCACUAAUGAUUUUUUUGUAAUACCUUGUUGAAAAUAUUUAAAAAAAAAGUGUUUUAUACUUGAACAAUUGAGGUACUGGGGCCUUACCACAAGCUCCUAAAUACGUAGCGAUUCCAUAAUGUACCCUGACAUUACAAUAAUGACAUUACGUACCCUGAGGGUUUAUCGCAGGAUUGUUUUGGAUUUUGGACGAUAUCGAGAUUCGCACAAUUCUUGCCACUUACAGGUAACAUUAUAUGUAUACGCCCUUUAUAAAUAAGAUAGACAUAUAUUAUGAUGGUUUUGUAAGCCCUGUAAGUAGGUUGUGGUAAGUCCCUUGAAACCUGCUACCUUCCAAAAGCACCUCCAAUACAUGGCUUAGAGUAGGUACCUAAUUUUGGUUAUUUGUUUAUUUCUUAUUCUGGUCUAGUAGUAUAAUAGAAAUGUUUGGUAUUAUGUAAACAAUGUACAAUGAUACAAUUAAAUAUAUUUGUGAUAAAAA